AUGCCUAUGGGUAAGAAUAGGCUGAUUUUACUACUUGGAAUGCUCUGUUUGGAACAAGGUAAAUCUGCAACUGUCUCUCUCCCCAAAGGUCCCACUUGUGGGCGGAGUCUGGUGAAGGCACAACAUUGGAAUUACUUUAACAUUUUCAGUCGCAUUAUUGGGGGAAGUCAAGUGGAAAAGGGUUCCUACCCCUGGCAGGUGUCACUGAAACGAAGGCAGAAGCAUGUCUGUGGUGGGACCAUCAUCUCUCCACAGUGGGUGAUUACGGCUGCUCACUGCGUUGCAAACAGAAAUAUUGCAUCAACUUUGAAUGUUACUGCUGGAGAACAUGACUUGGACCAUGUAGAGCCAGGAGAGCAAACCCUCACCAUUGAAACCAUCAUCAUACACCCAUAUUUCUCCACCAAGAAACCAAUGGACUAUGAUAUCGCUCUUUUGAAGAUGGCUGGCACUUUCCAUUUUGGUCAGUUUGUGCGGCCUGUGUGUCUUCCAGAACCAGGGGAACGAUUUGAGGCUGGAUUUGUUUGUACAACAGCAGGCUGGGGCCGCUUGACUGAAAAUGGCAUCCUCUCACAAGUCUUGCAGGAAGUGAACCUGCCCAUUUUGACCCAGGAGGAGUGUGUGGCAGCUCUGUUAACCCUAAAGAAACCCAUCAGUGGGCGGACCUUUCUCUGCACAGGCUUCCCAGAUGGAGGGAGAGAUGCUUGUCAGGGAGACUCAGGAGGUUCCCUCAUGUGCCAGAAUAAGAAAGGGACUUGGACUCUGGCUGGUGUGACUUCCUGGGGUUUGGGCUGUGGUCGAGGCUGGAGAAACAAUGUGCAGAAAGAUGAUCAAGGAUCCCCUGGGAUCUUCACAGAUCUUAGUAAAAUGCUUCCCUGGAUCCACAAACACAUCCAAAUUGGGAAGCGGAGAAAAAUCUCCAGAGCCUCAUGCAGUGAGCAGGAUGGAGUGGUCAGUGGGUCUGAGGGGGAGCUGCAAUUCCCAGAAAGCCCCCACCUAUAUUAUGAGAGCAAGCACCUGUGUGUCUGGACCCUUCUGGUACCAGAGAAAAUGCAUGUGUUACUCAAUUUUUCCCAACUGGAUGCAGAGUCUUGUCACCACAAUCACCUGUCGAUAUAUUCUUUAGAAGACAAACUUAUUGGGAAAUUCUGUGGAGAAAGCCUCACUUCAUCAGUUCUUGUUGGCACCAACUCUAUCAGGCUGAAGUUUAGCUUUGAUGCCACAGAUUACGCCGCUGGGUUUAAUCUCACCUAUAAAGCUCUUAAACCAAACUACCUUCCGGAUUCAGGUUGCAGUUCCCUAACUGUCCUUUUUGAAGAAGGCCUCAUACAGAGUCUUCGCUAUCCUGAGGACUACAGUGACAUGGCCGACUGUAACUGGGUUUUUCACGCCCCUAAACAUUACCUAAUUAAGCUUUCUUUUCAGAACCUGGAAAUAGAGGAAAGUGGAGACUGCACUUCCGACUAUGUGACAGUGCACAGCGAUGUCGAAAGGAAGAAGGAAAUAGCUCGGUUGUGUGGCUUUGUCAUCCCAGCCCCUGUGCUGAGCUCCUCGGAUGUAAUGCUCAUCACCUUCCAGUCAGAUGAAAAUGUGACCUUCAGAGGCUUCCAGGCUACAGUCUCCUUCAUUCCUGAAACAGCAAUUGUAUUAUGCUUACACCCAGAUUUAAACAUCUCUAGAUCAGAGGAUGCACCAAUGUUUUUGGAGACAUGGAAUGUACUGUCUGAAGAACCCAAUGCUCCUGGGAUCCUGGCCGCCAGCACUUCACCGUGA